AUGGGUAUCCUUGAUCUUGCCGACGAGCUUCUUCGCAUCAUUCUCGAAUAUGUCGCCUCGGAACCCGAAAAGCCCAUUAGCCUCGAACGCCGCGCCUAUCUCUCCCAGGAGAGCUUCAAGCUGCCUCUGCCUCCGGACCACGACCAAGCCCAGACCAUCGCCGCCUUUCGCCUGACCUGCACAAAGUUUUCCGACCUCGGCGUCAUCCAUCAAUUCUCACGUGUCACCACCCGUUUCUCCAAAAGAGGCCUUGACCGACUCGAGAAGAUUGCCAGCCAGCCGCACAUUGCCCGCCGUGUCAAGAAAUUCAGUUACAUGGUCCCGUUCUUCUACGACGAAGGACGGGAGCGGUUACAAGAACUUCUCCAUACACAGCCCAACAGCUUCGCCCUCUUUGAUGUUCGUCACUUCCAAACAAAGGCAAACGAACAGAGAGAAAUUGUCCGCACUGGAGAAGAUGCCCGCAUUCUCCACAUAGCACUUCGCCAAUUCACUUCCCUCCAGCACAUCCAGAUUCUGCGUGUGCAGGACCAAGAAGAGGGGAAGCUUAUUAAUUACAUGCGGAGCCAUGAACUAAACGACCUAGUCCCGCGGUGGCCUCCGGCCUGCCUGCACAGCGCAAAGACAAUAGGUCAGGCCCUUCUCAAGUCAGGAUCUCCAUGCUCAAGAAUCUCCUCGCCCAUGCUUAGUCCACAGAGUGUGUCGAGUGCCGUUGAGAAUCCGCCAUCCACAUUAGGCAUCCUUGCCAGUCGCCUGACUUGCUUGGAGUUACACUUUGAUGAUAGCACCGACCUUGAUGUACGCAUGCGAGACCUCUCUUCUCUAUCCAAGGCCCUAUUCACUGCAGCCAAGAACAUAGAGGCGUUACAUAUCGGCUUUCCAUCCUACAGGCCACUCUCCAUCCAACUAGAGGAACUUUUCCAUAACGUCAAGUGGGACAAGUUACAGGCUUUUGGCAUACAAGCAUGGCGGCUAGAUGCAGAAGAAAUCAUUGGGUUUGCACAGAGACAUCGAGAAACAUUGCGCGGGUUGCGGCUCCGAGACGUACUUUUGAGGCAAGGCAGUAGAUGGAAAGAUGUCCUGCCUUGCCUGCGGGACGAUCUUCCAAGGCUCGACUGGGUCAGUUUAAGACGAAUUGACUACGAGCAACAUUUCGAUGAGCAGUGGGUGUUGGGCGCCGAAGUACCAGACGAUCCUCUUGUUGGAAGCGACAGUAGUGACGAGAGCGACGACUGGGAAUAUGAUGGGGAACAAGAAGAGCCAUUCGACAACCACAGCGUUAAUGGACACGAUCACGACGACAGCUCGAUAGCUGGCACAGAAUCGGAUACAGAAACCGACGACCCGGAACCGGAGCAGGGCGGAACUCUCCACUUCCCACCCAUGCCGGAUACCCCAGCCUCGGUCACCUGGUGCAAUUGCAACGGUCAUAUGGACAGUGUAGACGCGUUAGGAGACGAUGGUGUCAUGGUCACCAACCAGCAACGCAAGUUCUGGGAGAAGUGGGUCGUCAGGAAGAUCUGCACCGAGCAGCACGGUCACAAAUAA